ACUCCUCUGUUUGUAAAUAUGGUGUUUCAUGUCAAAUACCGCUUUCCGUAAUUUAAAAUUAGUUAAGUUUUUUUCUGUAGUCUGAUAGCUAAAAUAAAUUCAAAUGGCCAAGUCUUCAAGUGGAUUUACAGAAGGAGAAAUCCGUGAAGGUCUUUUAUGUCCCAUUUGUAUGUAUGAUUUGCAUACAAUUGAUCAAUUACAAGAGCACUUUGAUGUUAAUCAUUCUACUGAAGAUACAGAUGUCAUUCAAGCUUUGAAAGGCUUUUUUGAUAAAGCAAAAAGAAAAAUUUUAAAACAAGACACAUUAGAUAGUGAUUUCAUUAAGCCACCAUUUGAAAUUGAACCAGUAUACACUGUCAAAUCUGAUUUUGUUGAUAUUUCUUGGGAACAAGAUUUAGGUUUGAUAUCUAGCCACACUCAGUAUUUCAAGAUGCUACGAGAUAAGAAAAUAAAUAGAUAUGUAAUUGAAACAAAUAAGCUUUUAAUACGACUAGACAAACUUAUCUGUGAUAUUUCAUCUGAUCCUGAAAAGAAGAAAGAAUAUGAAAAAAGUAUUGUGCCAUGGGUUGCUGACAGUGAUGUUCCACUUUGUCCAGGAUGUGCAAAAUCUUUCGGAUUAUCUAGGCGUUGGCAUCAUUGCCGCUUGUGUGGAUAUGUUAUGUGCAAUUCUUGUUCAUUUUUCAUCAGUUAUGAUUUUGCAAGAAAAUUGACACUUCCAGCUAUUUCUGAUGAUCAGCGUUUGCUUCAAAAAUCAAGCCCAGUAUCUCGAAAAGGAAGUGCUGCAAGUUUGAUGUCUGUUGUCAACAUAGGUUCAGAUCAUCAAAAUCUCCGCAUAUGUAAAGAUUGCAAUAUGUUAUUACAACGUCAUGAUAAAAUGUUAGAGCUAAAAAAUCACAGACCUGUUAUUGUUCAACUAUAUGAAAGACUAAGAGAAUGUAUGAGUGAAGUUGAUAAACUAGUCCCACAUUACAAGGAAAUGAUUGAAUCUCUCAAUUCAGGAGAAACAGAUUAUCAGUUGCAAGAUGUCCAGGAGCUUAAAUUCAAAAUUACAAAAUUGGCAGAAAAAAUUGAUACUCAUAGCAAAAGGAUAGCCAAGUUAGAAUCAACAGAUGAAGAAAGUAACAGUCGUGCCCUUCAGCUGCAGAGUGGGAUACGGAUGGCUGCUUCCCAAUUCUUGAGAAAUAAUGUCCUUACUCUUCCAUCUCCACCAACUGAAGAAGAACUUGCUCGAUACAGAAGCAUGCGUCUGGAUCAGGUGCAUCGGAGGAUACAACAAGAGAAAGAAGCAGAGAUGCUCCGAAAUCAGAAAGAAAGCAGUAAAAGUCCUUCCCCUGUGAAAUCCCCUAAUCAACAACGGGUGGCUGAACCUGUCAGUCCAGACACUGGCUGGUGUGUGAGUACUGAUUCAGUUAAAGAGGAAGAAGAUCCAAUGGUUCAGCAAAUAAAGAUUAUACAUAAAUAUAUAAAACAAGCAAAACUGGAUCAUAAAUAUGAUGAAGUAAAAAUGUUGGAAAAUAAUUUGAAAGAAUUGCAGCUUGAACAUUCAAAGCAAAAAACUAGUUAUUAAGUUGACAUUUUUGUAAUUAAAUUUUAUAAAAUUUUCUACUUUAUUACAGCUUGUUUUUUUAUGUACAGUGUAAAAUUUUGUACAAAAAAACUUGACUUCUUGAAUAAUGUUCUUGCAGAAUUAUUAUUUCUGUGUUAAAUGGUUAGCUUUGCAAAAAUGUCAAAAUUUAAUUGUCUACUGCUUGUUUUCUAUAAGUUGUCUAGUCUGAUCUUUAAUAUUUUUCCACCUGUGAUCUUAAAAUAUUAUCUUUUUAUUCAGUUUACAUAAGAAAAAAAAAUUGAGUGGCAAUUGAUUGACACUGCACGAUUCAUGAACUUACUUUUUCCAAAAAAUAUAAUUUUUUUUUGUUGUUGUUGACUAUCUCUGAAUAUUACUAAUUAUUCAAUAAUGAAUUUUCAUUUUGUUGAAUGAAUCUCAAUUCAAAGGCAUUACAUAAAAAUUUGAUUUAGAGUGGUUUAUAUUAAAAAUGUAUUGUUUUAAGAAUUAUGACAUCCCUGACACAAGUUUAAGGAUGCAUAACUUUAUUACAGAAAUUAAGCUAUUUUAACUAUAAUAGUUUAUCACAAAACUGUAAAAAUAUAAAACAUUCUGCUUCAUAUUACAUCAACAUUAAAAAGGUUAAUUUAUUUUUGUUAAAAGAAAUUUUAUACUACCUAAAAACACAGGAUGAUGUUUUCUCUAGAUCAUUCAAAAGUAUGAUGUACAUAUGCAUUUAUGAACUUAUUCUUGUUGAUUGUAUUGUUUGUUAAUUAGUGUAAUUUAAAUUUAUUCAUAGUUAAUAUGAUGAAUUAUGUUGUUUGAAUUUUUAUGCAAGGCAUUCCAGACUUUAUUUCAUGCUAGCUCUUUUGUUGAAAUGAUACCAUUGAAUUUUCAAGUCAAAUAAAUAUCCAUAUAUAUUUACUUUUAAAAUAAUUUUGUUACAUUAGAGAAUUAAAUUUAAACAUAAAUGUGAAUUAUUAAGUAAUAAAAAAAACAAUGCAGCUGAAUAAUUAAGGCUUUUAAAUGAGAUGCUGAAAUCAUAAUACAUUUUGAAGUGCUAGCAGUUGCAACUGAAAUGAAUUAGAAAACAUUAGAAAAAAAUAAAAACCGUACAUUAAAAAAUAUAGUAUAAUUGUUUUUUUGCUUUCUAAAGAAUAUAAAAUUUUAAAAUAUUUGAAAACUAGAUUAUGAUAUACAUUAUUUCUGCUUCAAAUUAAGCAUAAAAAAUAAUCUGUGCCUAGUAAAUCUUCAGUGCCAGAUAGUUAAUAUUUAUAAAUGAAUUGCAUUAAGGUAACUAAUUAUUUUCAAAAAAAUUUAAAAGUAAACAAUGAGAACUUUUUUACCCCUCCAAAUAUUGAAUGUGGAGAAAAUGCCAACUUUACAGUAGAAGUAGAUUAAAUAGGAAUGUAGAGAAUUAUAACUUUAAAUUUUUUCCCCAAAAUUACAAAACAUUUUAUAUUAUUUUUACUAUUGAAUUAAGCAAUAAAAGCAUGUUUUACUGCAAGAUUUAAUUUGCCAUUUUAAACAGCUACUGAAUGUGCAAUUAUGUUAUAAUCUUAAAAUUAUUUCUAUAUUUUUUCAUAUUUUGUUGUAACUUAAAAUUAUAUUUAUGAUUUUAAGGCUAUCUUCGUAGUAAUAAAAGUACUUGUUAUAUUUAUU